AUGAACGCAAACGAGACUAUCGGUACCUACGACGCCAACAACACCAACAAUAUGAACGCUACUGGGUUGAAUCCCGUAGGAAGUGACCUUCUGCAAGCGAUCAGCGGAGGCGGACUUCCUGCACUCAGGGUCGUCGCUGCGUCUGGCGACACCUUUCCACCUCUGAAGGUCGUUGUUGUGGAGGCGUUGGCCAUCCUUGAAAUUGUUAAGAAAUUCAAGAUGAAUAAGAAAGAUUGGGCUGCUUUUUCUGAGAGUCUCAUUGAGAAGAUUGAGGAGAUUGUUCGGGCUAUAUGUCAAUACAAGAACAGUCAGGUCCUGUUGACUUUGCAACCCAAUUUUGAGAAUCUGAAAGGCAUUUUGGACCAUAUGAACGAAGAUUUGUUGAAGAUCCAACAACAGAGCUUGUGGAGGAGAUUUGCAAAUCUUAGAAAAGAUCAAGAACAUAUUGCAGAUUUUCAGGUUAAACUAAAUGCACUUCCCAACUUUCAGGCCUGUCUCAGGGUUGAGGAAAGUUCACAAGAAGCAGAUGCCAAGAGGGAUGUAAAUCCCAUAAUGACUGAGCCCAUCAGAGAUGACAUGUCUAUUGAGAGAAGAAAUGUUGGUGAAAGGCCCACAACUACAGAAAAAGUACCACAGGUAAAUGUGCUUACUCAGGCACAUGAUAUUCAAAUCAGUGAUAGUGUUUUCAAUUCUGCAAAUACUAUCAAUAUCAAUGACAACAGAGAACUUGAAACUAAGAUAGCAGAUGCAGCAGAACAGUUAAAUGUAGAAAAAUGGCUGCAAGAGCUCAAAGCUCCACCACAUGGCAAAGUAAGAGAGAGAUGCAUGCCUGGAACUCGGGAGGAUGUGCUCACUUUUAUCAAAACAUGGCUUUAUGAUCUGGAUAAGCCCAAUAUUUUCUGGCUUUCUGGCAGUCCUGGCUCUGGAAAGACAACAAUUGCUUCAUCUGUAGUUGCUGAUUUUGACUGUUUUUCUGGGCAACUCUUUUUCCAUCGUGAUGAGGCUGAGCUUCGGGAUCCAGACAACUUAUGGAGGCGUAUUGCUUUGGACCUUUCUCUUGGAUCAAAUGAUCUUGGAAAGUCUAUAGCUCAGGCACUGGAGACUCAGAAAGCUAACAUUAGAGGCCUUGAUAUUUCUAUGCAAUUUGAGCAUCUUAUUGCCAAGCCUUUACAGAAGGCUUUUGGGACCUCUGUUCAGCCUCUUCUUAUUGUUGUUGAUGCCCUUGAUGAGUGUGAUUCAUAUGAGAAACUCUUACCUUCAUUGGUAUCCUGGUCUUACCUCCCUAAAUCUCUGAAGCUCCUUGUUACAAGCCGCCAGCAUCAUAAGGUUCAGAGUAGACUAAGAUCUGUCAGUGUUCAUCAUAAUCUAAAUACUGGACAUGGGAUCUCUGCUCAAACUUCUGAUGACCUUGAAAAAUACUUUAUAGCAAGAUUUUCUGAGGCAACUGGGUUGUUGACAAAGUGGCCUGGUCCAGCCAAAGUAUCAUUUCUUGUGAGAAAAGCUGCAGGGCUAUUUAUCUGGGCUAAAUCUGCAAUGGACUUUAUCUUAUAUAAUGGGGGUGAUUCUGAAGAGAGGCUAGAUAUUAUUUCUGCUGACUCUGGGGAAGGAAUUGAUGUGGUUGACAGCUUGUAUCAUGAGAUCAUUUCUGUUGCUUUGCAAGGCCUCAGAAAACCAGAGGAAACAGCAUUAAGAUUGGUUCUGGGUACAAUUGUCAUUGCAAAGAAUCCACUUUGUAUCCAAGAUCUAAAAGAGCUGCUGGGGGUAAAAGAUACAUUGCUAGAUUCAAUAAUCAGUCAACUUAGCCCAAUUCUAUCCAUCAGUGAUGCAAACUAUUUGCGUGUUUGCCACCAGUCAGUUACUGAUUUUCUGCUGGAUACAAAGAGAUCCAAAGAUUUUUGGAUUGACAGCCAGCUGCACAGUCUUUGUUUUUCUGGGCAUUGCAUGAAAUUUAUGAAUGCAAAACUGACAUUUAAUUUCUUUGACCUGAAAACAUCACACAUUUUAAAUAAGGACAUACCAGAGCUGAAUGAUCAUAUUGAGAGUGUGAAGUCAACAGCUUUAUAUCAUGCAAGUUACUUCUGGGCCAGCUAUUUACAAAACAAUUGUGAUAGAGGAUUGCAGCUGGAAGUACAGUCUGCAGUUGAGGAGUUUUUGAUGGUUCAUCUUUUACAUUGGCUUGAGGUUAUGAGUUUGAUGGGGACAGUAAACCAUGCUGCUCAACUACUGUUGUUAGCUGCAAGAUGGAGCAGAGAUCUAAAUCCUGAUUUAUCAGACUUUAUAAAUGAUGCAAACAGAUUUGUGAUGGAAUUUCUUGAACCAAUAACUCUUGCAGCCCCACAUAUAUAUUUGUCAGCUCUGCCAUUUUCUCCAUCAGAUUCAAAAAUAUCUAUGCAUUUUCUGAAGCUUUUCAAAAAGACAUUGACUGUGAAGAUGGGCAAAAUGGAAUAUUGGUCAGAGAAAUGCUUUCUCAGACUUGCAGACCAUGAUAGUGGUGUUGCUUCAGUUUCGUUUUCUCCUGAUGGCAGGCACAUUGUCUCUGGAUCUUGGGACAAGACAAUCAGAGUGUGGGAUGCUCAGACAGGUCAGAAUGUUAUAGAUCCUCUUAAAGGCCAUGAUGAUUUGGUUACUUCAGUUGCAUUUUCUCUUGUUGGAAGGCACAUUGUGUCUGGAUCUUAUGGCAAGACAAUUAGAGUGUGGGAUGUUCAGACAGGUCAGACUGUUAUAGGUCCUCUCAAAGGCCAUGAUGAUUGGGUUACUUCAGUUUCAUAUUCUUCUGAUGGCAGGCACAUUGUCUCUGGAUCUCGUGACAAGACAAUCAGAGUGUGGGAUGCCCAGACAGGGCACAGUGUUAUGUAUCCUCUGAAAGGCCAUGAGAAUUGUGUUACCUCAGUUUCAUUUUCUCCCAAUGGCAGGCACAUUGUCUCUGGAUCUCGUGAUGGGACAAUUGGACUGUGGGAUGCUCAGACAGGGCAAAGUGUCAGGAAUGCUCUCAAAGGCCAUGAUGAUUGGAUUACUUCAGUUGCAUUUUCUCAUGAUGGCAGGUGCAUAGUUUCUGGAUCUUGGGAUAAGACAAUCAGAGUGUGGGAUGCUCAAACAGGUCAGAGUGUUGUAGAUCCUCUCAAAGGUCAUGAUGCUAGUGUUACUUCAGUUGCAUUUUCUCAUGAUGGCAGGCACAUUGUCUCUGGAUCUGAUGACAUGACAGUCAGAGUGUGGAAUGCUCAGACAGGUCAGAGUGUCAUAGAGCCUCUCAAAGGCCAUGAUCAUUGGGUUACUUCAGUUGCAUUUUCUCCUGAUGGAAAGCACAUUGUGUCUGGAUCUUAUGACAAGACAGUCAGAGUGUGGCAUACUCAGACAGGUCAGAGGGCUCCAGAUCCUCUUAAAGGCCAUGUCAAUUAUAUUACUUCUGCUGCAUUUUCUCCUGAUGGCAAGCACAUUGUCUCUGGAUCUGGUGAUGGGACAGUCAGAGUGUGGGAUGCUCAAACAGGUCAGAGUGUCAUGGAACCUCUCAAAGGCCAUGAUCAUUGGGUUACUUCAGUUGCAUUUUCUCCUAAUGGCAGGCACAUCGUGUCUGGAUCUUAUGAUAAGACAAUCAGGCUGUGGGAUGCUCAAGCAGUUACUAACCGGUUAGGACCGAAAAAUAAAGAAUCGGUUAUAACAAGGUGUAUAAUAGGGCUGGUUAUAACCGGUUGUAACCGGUUAUUUAACGUGUUGCGGUUAGUUAUUGAUCCUCUCACAGGCCAUGACAAUUGGGUUACUUCAGUUGCAUUUUCUCCUGAUGGCAGGCACAUUAUCUCUGGAUCUUGUGACAAGACAAUCAGAAUGUGGGAUGCUCAGACAGGGCAGAGUGUUAUGAAUCCUCUCAAAGGGCAUGAUCAUUAUGUGAAUUCUGUUGCAUUUUCUCCUAAUGGCAGACACAUUGUCUCUGGAUCUCGUGAUAAGACAAUAAUUGUGUGGGAUGCUCAGACAGGGCAGAGUGUUAUGGAUCCUCUCAAAGGCCAUGAUCAUUAUGUUACUUCAGUUGCAUUUUCUCCUGAUGGCAGGCACAUUGUUUCUGGAUCUUAUGACAAGACAGUCAGAGUGUGGGAUGCUAAGACAGGUCAAAGUGUUGUAAAUCCUCUCAAAGGCCAUGACAAUUGUGUUACUUCUGCUGCAUUUUCUCCUGAUGGCAGGCACAUUGUAUCUGGGUCUAGUGAUGGUACAGUCAGAGUGUGGGAUGAGAAGACAGGUCAGAGUACUAUAGAUCCUCUCAAAGGUCAUGAUGAUUGGGUUACUUCAGCUGCAUUCUCUCCUGAUGGCAGGUACAUUGUGUCUGGAUCUUAUGACAGGACAGUUAGAGUGUGGGAUACUCAGACAGGUCAGAAAAUUAUGGAUCCCUUCUCAGUGUCUUGCCUUUCCACUUCAAGCAAUCCUGUCGUACCACCAAUCUCUCCCAUAUAUUGUGAUAUUGGAAACAAUAUUGACAUGCCUGAUUCUGAUAAAACCUUUUUUUAUCAUUCCUAUGAUAAACUUUUGUUAAAAUUAUGUCACCUUGAUGGUAAUUGGGUCAUGCUACAAGAUGAAAAUUAUCUCUUAUGGGUGCCAGAUCAAAAUAAAUUAGGUUUGCUCUGGCCAAGUACAACUACUGUCAUUGGUUGCACUCCAACUUCACUUCAUUUCAAAAAAUUUGUUCAUGGUAUACACUGGAGCCAGUGUUUUUCAUCACUACAUGAUCCCAUUCAAGAAGAAACUGGACCUGUUGAUUUCAUAGCUCUGAAUUGA